AUUGCAGGACAGGUAUGUCAGAGGAUGACCUCAGAGCAGACAGCUUCUCCUUGCGUAGGUUAAGUAGAUCCUCUGUAAUUUUUUUCUCAGGUAAUUUGUCCCUGAUGAAGCACCGUAGCGAACCAACAGACGAAAACACUUGAGGAGUGUUGUGUGCAGCCAAUAGCCAGAACAACCCUGCAAGACUACAACAAGGCAGGGAGUGGGAGGGAGGAUUUUUGGAAGCAAAACAUGGCGAAAUAACAAGUUUGGCCGUUAGCCGCAGUUUUGAAUCUGCGCCGUAGUGGACUACAGCUUCAAGUUUGUCAAAUCUGAACGUUGGAGAAAGAUAAUAACGUCAAAGUUUGAAUAGUCGAGGGCCUCUGCUUACAAGUAUUACGGUGGUGGCCGUCGAGAACAUAGUGCCUGCCUCUCUGCUUGUGUUUUCCCCCCGUAAGGUUGGCAGUGCUAGGCGCGACUGUCAACGCGGAAAAUGGAUGGAGACGGAAAGUUUAUUCUGGAAAUGAAUAUCUAGCCGGUUAGCUUAGCUUCGUUAGCUCGCCAGAUAACGUUAGAUUGAUCGCGCGCACCUGACUCGGAUUGACUAUCGGUUUGAUCCGGACGAAACUGAGGAAUAUUUAAGUCGUGGUAACAAGUUUGGCAACUACAGCCGCAUUGAAUCGUUUUUCAAUCACGGUUUUUGCUUUCGUUUGCCACACUGUCUUAUAGUUGUAUUUGUGUAGGUCGUCUCUCUGAGGUAGAUAAUGACAGCCUGACAGUCGGUUCUGGUGCGGUGCGGACGGACCCGGUGGACGCCAUCACAUCAGACGUUGCGUUCUCCUUAAAAAACCAAGCACUGCGCUGCAAAGCCUGAAAUGACAAUCUCUACUUUACGAUCUAACAAGGAAUGCUUUGCAACUGUUUGUUUUUUUAAUUCCCCAGAAAAACCCUAUCUUCUUCUGAUAUGACUGUAAGACUGUAAAUGUUGUGUAGCAGCAAAGACGCGGUGUCUUGUUAAAAUGAACGCAGCAAGGUGUUCAACAACAGCGGAGGUGCAUCGCUUUGAAAACCUGCCAGCUGGCAAAACGGAACCGAUGGCCGGCUGAAGCCGAUCCGAACAGUUUGUCUGAAUCUCUUAUUUUUACUUGGACGUGUUUUGAUAAAGCAUUGCAGUCUGUAUUUCUGUGAAAAGAACUGCGGAUAACAGUUGGUUUCGGCCGGAGUUGAUGUGAGCUAGUCAGCUGGGUGCGUCUAUCUGCGAUGUGUUUGCUAAGCUGAGUGCUACCGUGUUGUUCCGCAACAGUUUCAGCAGAUACGACUGCACUUUUUGGUUUGUUGUCUACACGGAUAAGCUAUUUCAAGCUCGCUUUAGCAGCUACCUUGAAUUCCCUCUGACUCUUCGUUUCCAUUAACCGGCUAACUUGGUAGCUAACGUCCUAAGUUUGGCCAGCUAUGUCUGAAAACGCCCCCACACGAAGCCUGGAUGACAUAGACCUCGCAGCUCUGAGGGUGAGUAUUGUUAUUACAUGAUAAGUGUACUGCACUUUAUUCAUGUGUAAUUGUGACAGACGGUCUCGUUAGGUGUUAUGUCAUAUGAACUGAAGUGUCAGGUUGUCUCUGACACAAGCACGACCAUGUUACACCCACGCAACAAAGUUGAGCUGGGAUAAACAUCCCUCAGUCUAUUGUGGCUCUAGACAGAUCAGCUGUUCUCAAAAAGUCUACCAUCAAAUAUCCUUUAUCAUCUGUCAAACUGAAAACAAUCAGCUUAUCCAGUGCUGACUUUCUGUAGGUUGUUAGUAUGUUAAUAACAAAAACAAAUGCAUUUAAGGCUCCUGUCUUAAACAACACCUGAUACAUUUUGUGAUUUCAUGCACUGUUCUUUAAAAUACAUCCAUAAUGUUUCACAAUAAGGUUAUUUUCAACUUAGAAACAAUAACACAACCUCUUUUGUUUGUUUUGGAUGUUUUCUCCCUUCAAGGCUUGAGAAAAGUGAGACUUAGUUUGUUUGCUUGUGCUUGCAGCUAAUAGAUUGAGUUAUUUUUGAUUCCAUGCAACACGCUUGCAGCUUUAUAACAUACAGUACACUGCAGCAGCAGCAUACUGCAUAUUUCAUGAAAUACAGACAUGUUCAGAGAUAGAACAGGUAAGUUCUCCAACACUGGUUGAAGGCCUCACUCCUGAAAUUUGCCUCUUUAUGGCAACUUUCUGAGGUGAGAAAAUAUUUUUAAAUAUCACCAAUACUUCCAAGACUGCAGUUUGUGAAUGGAAAAGACCAUUUAAGCACUUAAAGACAUUUUGAGUGCUUGAAACUAGUGCUUUGUUGGUAGAUUACAUCCCAGUUUUCCCUACUUACAGUAGUCACAGCCUUAAGCAUAACACAAUUUUACUCUUAUGGCAGGUAGGUUUUUUUUUUUAGUUAAAAUGAAUAAAAGCUCCUCAAAAUAAGUAACAUUUGGACUACAAAUUAAGAACUGAGAUUACAUUGUGGAAAAACUGUGAUUUAAUGUUUUGGUGUUCACCAUAAUAGAAUUUUCCAUAAAUUGAUGUUAAUAAAUAAGUCUUGAGUACAGAAUAGUGUGCUGUUGGUUAAAAUCAGAGGUACAUGAAAACAUGUGCGCCUCCCCUGAAACAAUACUGGUGCAGCUUUAACAGAUUUGUGAGGCUUAAACAGAAGAUUAGGGGUAGUUGUUCAAAUCCCUUUUUGUGGUAGGUCACUGUUACCUCUCUGUCUCUCCUGAGGAUUUCACCCAAAAACCCGAGGUCACUGCUCGAGUGACACAUUUUCUUGUAAAAGGGACAGUAUGUGUUAUCGUUUGUUAUUGAAAUACUUGCAUCACAGAUUGUGCGUUUCUAAAUACAGUGUGUGAUGUCAAAGUUCAUUUUCCAUAAAGUCUGAAUGCAUUUCCUUCCCUUCAUAAAGCUUCUUAAGGGUUUUCCUCACCCCGGCAUUUUGAAUCCACCGUUGUUUACAUCCAUGUCAACUAGCUAACAUUAUUUUUCCUCUGUACUUUUGUUGGUGCACUGCAGCCUGUCUUACGAUUGAAGCUCCACCUGUUGAUCACUCGAAGUACUUUAUUGGCAUGCAUGUCAUCCCCUGUGUCAAUGCACAACACAACAAGCGGGGACCCACUCAUUAAAAAAACAAAAGCUCAAUAGAAGACAAAACUCCACAGGGAACCUUUUAAGUGGUUCAAUCACAGCAUUUUCAAGAUUUUUUUUUUUUUUUGCCUAGUACAGACUCCAGUAUUACAUAACACCAGUCCACUACACACAGGCAACAAGAAAUCAUCUCUGCAGAAAUUCUCUCUCCAGUGUCAGUUCGAUAAAGCUAAGCCAUCUGCAAAUGGUGUUGAUUGCGGAUGGCAUAAGAACUGACACUUUUAAUACAAAGACAACAAAAUGUGCCAGAUUCGCAGGACAAAACCUGUCGACUGAAUUGCACCUGUGUAGUUCUUAGUUUAUUGCACAACAGAAAAAACAGUCAACAUCAUUAUGUCGAUUCUCUCCGAGGCUAUCGAACUGAGACUUGGAGUGUGUUGGGAAUAUCGGGUGCAGAUUAGCUAGAGAAACCGCCCUCUGGACAUGAAAUUUAUGAGAAAUUCCGUCUUGUGAUUUUAUUUUGUUGCAGUGAGCGGAGUGCUCCAUGCUUGUUGAGUUUGGAAUAAAUAACCUUACAUAAGGAAGAGAAAAAUGAAGGCUGUAAUAUGAAGAGGAGCUCUGACGGAGGCUGGUUUCCGCUUUACAGAGCUUUUUUUGAAAACAUCAGCAUUAAGUCAUACCUCAAAGAUUUAAAAAUGUCAAGUUUUCUUCCAUGUCAUCUUGGGACAAGGAACUUCCACAGUAAUCACAUCGUAUGCCUCGAAGAAAGCAUGUAGUUUAUCAGAAAUUUACUUAAAAAUCUAAUCUAAUCCUUUCUCUCACAGUUAUCACACCAGUUCUAUAAUGGUAGCAUAGUACAUCAAGCUGGUAUUAUGGAUGAGUUCAAGGACAAAUAAAAAGCCAACAGGACAGUUACCUUCAGCAGGAGUGUAUUAUCUUAAUUACAAAUCCAUACUGGCAUAAUCAGUCUGAAUAUAACUAUUUGAAACUUUUUAAGGCACCCAUAGGAUUCUUGAUACCACACAAAAGUCAAAUUAUUCAAUCUUUUCCACAAGUCCUGUAAGAUUGCUGGUAAUCAGGACUCUUUGUAGCCAAGUGUAUAGGGCAAGUGUUGAGGAAGUCAUUUACUUGGCAGCAGUCUUGAAAGAAGAAGAGUUUUCUUAUAAUAUUUGAGUCAUGUUGCAGCUAUGUAACCACAGACAGGCCUGUCUUUUUUAGAGCUUUCUCUGUCAGCAAAGUUGACUCUCCUGCAGGAAAUGUGUUGUCCACUUCCUCAUUGACCUUUUACUAGUGUCUUCUAGUGUCGGGCUAUAGUUGGCUUGAAGGGACUUUUAGGAAAAUUCCUCGCGCUGCCCCCUGAGGUUUUCUAGCAUAUUGAGUUACACAUUGACAUGGCAGCAUGACAUCCACAAGGACCGUUAAAUCCACCAUUGAUAUGACUGGCACCCACUGACUGUAGAUUUCUCCUCCGGUCCCCCUGUAGUUUUACUGCUUCCUUGCUACGCAAUCAUCGUUGACAGUUUGUUUAUCUGUGCUGCCGGUGGUUCUCCUCGAACAUGACUGUACCCUUCCCCUUCUAUCACUUUGUUCCUCUCAAACCACUCUCAGCGAUGGUUGUGGGUGAUGCUACCGCCCCUGCUUUACCACCCACGCCAUCGCUACAUUAUUCUCCUCAUACCGUUAUUCUCUUGCCUCCUGCUGUGUCCUCGUAUAUAACAUGCCUCUACAUCUGGAGGCUAUGUUUAUGUUAUCGUGUGAGCUAUGUGUGUUUGCUUUAAAGAUGUGGUCAUUUCCCAAUUUUACCGCCAAAUCUUUCUUAAGUAUGUGUGCCUCUUCUUUUUUUUUCUCUCAAAAAUGUGUAUAAAGAAUUUCUCCCCUCCUUGUCAGAGGCAGAAAACCCAUCAUUGGAAACAGAUGAAAGCAGGAUAGGCCAUGCUGUACGUUCUAAACCCAAAGCGGCAGUCUCACCACCCACACAUCUUCUUAAAGCCAUAUUGAAAUUGCAUGAAAGUAGAGCUGCUUGUCAUUUUCCCUUGUCUCUUGUGAAGGGGGUUGCAUAAUUAAGUCAACGCAACCUACUCAUUACUGGUCUCAAUGAGAUGUGUUCAUUGCAGCGAACAAAUCAGGAAAAAGACAGAAGUCGCGUCAGUGUUGUCAGAAUUCAUCUGUAAAGUAGUAUCAAUAUUUUUGUGUUUGCUUGUCUGUUUCCUCCAUGUGAAGUCCUGUGGGUGGGCAGUGAGUGCAUGAGUGGGCAUCUAGGAGGAUUGAGCUUAGAUGAUUUGUAUGGAAAUAUGGAAUUGUAGUCCAGGAUUUGAAAUAAACCCAUUGUAAGCUGUUUACUUGUUUUUUUUUGCAUUGAUUUUAGCGUUCGAACAGAGGCCUUUUUCAGAUGCUCGUAUGACCCUGCCUUUGAUAGAGUCCAUAGAUCGGCAGCUAUGUUCGCUUUAAUGGAUGUAAAUAGCUUUUAUUGCUCAGGAAAAUUACCUUAAUUGAAGCUGUUCAUCAUUUUACUAAUGCAGAGAACAGCAGCAUGAGUCUCUUGUCGAGAAAUAAAACAAACCGAAGAGGAAGACUUGUAAAGUCAUGUCAGCCUGGUUUUAGUUUGUCCUCCGCAGUGCCUCAGCACUAUUUUGAAUCCAGCCUGGUUUUAUUUCAGCUUUUGUGCCAACAAAACAGGAGCCAGAUUGCAGUAGUUACUACAACAAGUGCCAUUUUGUAGAAAUUUAGUUAUCAACGGUAACACUUAACAAAAGAAGCACAAGUGUUUUUAACAUUAAAAAAAAAUUAGACCUCUACUUGAGGGUCACACAACGAAGUGUGGAUGUGUACGAUUCAAGAAGAAAUAAACAACCGACACCCACUUCAGAAGAGCAAAAUAAAUUUGGUGCUCUUCAAGUGAAGUGUUUUUAAUUCUGUUGUUCCCAACAUUUCUAAAGAAUCAAACACAGCUUUUUAAACUCAAAGUUUUCUAUACGUUUUUUCUUUUUUUGUACUGCAGUUUAUACUAGUACUAAAUGUCCUGGUUUAUAUGAAGCAGCACUUUCUGCUUUAUGUUUAACCUUAUAAUCUGCUUGUGUUUCCUUCAGGAUCCAGCGGGAAUCUUUGAGCUGGUAGAGGUUGUCGGCAAUGGGACAUAUGGGCAGGUGUACAAGGUGAGACAUGAUUGACAUUCAGUAGAACUUACUCUAUUCAAUUACUGUUCUGUGCCUUUCUUUAGUUACUAGGAGAUUUAUUUAACUGCUAUGUCAGCUACCUGAGAAGUGAAAGUGGCUGUGAAAGAAAGAUAAGAGUCCCUGGAACAAAAAGCAAAAUAACAGUAAAAAUACGCUAGAGCCGCACUGGAAGGGAGUGUGUUGGAGACAUGGGAUCACAGGGUUAUUUCAACUUUAGCUGACAGCUGUUGUGAUGAUUCCACUUGUUUCUUAAACAGGGCCGUCACGUGAAGACGGGCCAGCUGGCGGCCAUCAAAGUGAUGGAUGUGACGGAGGAGGAAGAGGAGGAGAUCAAAGCAGAAAUCAACAUGCUGAAGAAGUACAGCCACCACCGAAACAUCGCCACGUACUACGGUGCCUUUGUGAAGAAGAGUCCACCGGGACACGACGACCAACUAUGGGUCAGUUUGACUCUUUUAGCAGCAGUUUGCCCCCGUGUAUUAUCCCCUCUAAGCGUGUGCUUGUCUGUACGCAGCUGGUGAUGGAGUUUUGUGGAGCGGGAUCAGUGACUGACCUGGUGAAGAACACAAAGGGCAGCUCUCUGAAGGAGGACUGGAUUGCUUACAUCUGCAGAGAGAUCCUAAGGGUGAGAAGUCACAGUUGCAUGAGGCAAAACAAGGCCGGCAGCAGAGGUCGCUCCGUACUGACCUAUUUGUCUUCUUUAUGUGUUUACAGGGCCUUUCUCACCUCCAUGCCCAUAAAGUUAUCCACAGAGACAUCAAGGGUCAGAAUGUCCUGUUAACAGAGAAUGCAGAGGUCAAACUCGGUAUGUUGAAAGCUUGGAAACAGAAAAGUAACCGUUCUCCAAUUCCCAUCAUCUCACUUUUUUUUCUACCUGUGAUUCCUCUGUCUAAAUUUAGUCGACUUUGGGGUGAGUGCUCAGUUGGAUAGGACAGUCGGGCGAAGAAACACCUUCAUCGGCACGCCCUACUGGAUGGCACCUGAAGUCAUCGCCUGUGAUGAGAACCCCGACUCCACCUAUGACUACAGGGUAACAGCAGCACUGUUAUUGUGUGUGUGUGAGUGAGAGAGGGAGGAUUGUGUUGUGAGAUCAUGAAAUAAAGAGACUGACACAAUCCCUUUGUGUUUUGCAGAGUGAUAUCUGGUCCCUGGGGAUCACAGCCAUAGAGAUGGCAGAGGGAGCUCCUCGUAAGUUUUCACCUGUUCUUGGUUAUAUCAUGCAUAUCCUCAGUACUCCGCAGCGGAUAAUUAGUCAUCGUCUCUGUGCUCAUUCUGAGAGACCUUGUGAAUGAGUCUUGUCUUGCAUAUGCAGCCUUGUUGUCUGUGUUUUCAGAUGGACAGCUGACUCACUCUAAUCAAGGUAGUGUAGUCGUGAGCUGGCAGUUGGCCUGUGGAGGCUGAUUGCACAGUUUUCUCCGCCUAAAGUGAGAUCUGUCUGACUUAAGAUUCAACAUCAAACCUGGCUACAAAGCUAUAAUCUGUCAUUUUUGUUCAGAUAAAUCCACUGGUGUUCAGUAUUUUCAGCAGGCGUACUCUCCUCUCCUUAUGUUCGUAUCCUUUUGUAAAGAUGUCUGAAAGUAAUGUGAAUAACAACAAUAUUGAGAGAUGAGAUUUAAUAGGCAUGUUGCAUAUCUGUGGCCAUAAUAGACUGUAUAUAGAAUGGACGCCGCCUGCCUGACUCCGCCCCCCUGCUCUGGAUGUUGACAUGUAGUUACUGUAAGACUGAUUUGUGCUCAAGUCCUCUUUUUUUUCUGUGCAGCUCCAUCUUUAAAAGUUAUUAGGGGGUCAUGUUUUCUAUGAUUGACACAGAUACAGCCAACGAAGAUUGUGUAGCUCACCCAGGGGAUAAGUUGUUUGAGCCGAGUGUCAUCGCUGCAACUCUUGGCGACUCUCCCGCUGAAUGCGUACAAUGCUACUGCGCGAUGUUGGUUUCAGGAAAUGAAGAAAAUUGAGGGGAAGAAAAAAAAGGUGGAACCAAGUUGUCCAUAUCAUAUACAGUCUAUGGUGGCUAUUAAGUCCCAACAAUCUUUAAAACUAACCUGCAAAGGCAAAGGGAGACACCUCGGUCUGCUGUGAUCAAGACAUUUCAGAGUCAGUGGUAUCCUGUCACAUUAGGAAACCAAAAGAUUGGAAAAAUAAAGUUAAAGGAUCUAUGAGUUACGAUGUCCCUGCAUGUCCCUCCUUUAUAGUCUUUCUUGAAUUGUUAUUUGGACUUGUUCUACAAAAUGAAUGUCGCUGAUCUUCCACAGAGAGUGUAACACUCUCACACUUCUGUCUUCUGACAUCAGCACAUGGCACAUGAUGUACAAGACGGCCAAACAUCACCCAAUACUGAUCGGCUGAUUCAACAGAUACAUUCAUCUCAAGUUACAAUAAUGAUCUUAUUCCUUAGUCCUUGCUCUCUGGGUUGCUUAGUAUUGCAUUAAUUUAAGCAGGUUUCACCGGCACUGUAGGGCUAGUGCUUUAUAUUCUCCCAGUUUUUACGAACCUGGUUGCAAACUCUGCCUGGAGUUUACAUCCACAGGCGGCUUAUUGUCGAGUUGAGGACUAAUUAAGCUCUCUUGAAUAAAAUUAUUGUCCUAAAUAAUUCCUCCUCCAAUCUCCAAUUACUAUUUCACUCGGUAAUUUAAGAUUCUCCUACAAUUAUGAGGAGACUUGUAAGCCUCCAGGGCACGCACACUUGGAACAGACAUCUUUUUUUCUAAUAAGUUCUAAUAAUUUUUGAUGACUGAGAGGGAGCAGAUGUUAUUUUAAAAUGAGGUUAAAGAAGUUUUUUUUAUGUUAUAAACAUACCACACACAAAACACUGUGAAAAGCACAACAUUGUUCUACUUUUCCUUUUCAAAGCAAGUUUUCUUUUUCCCCUCUUAAGUCUUUUAUAAGCUCCUGAAGAUCACUGGCACUGCAGUGGCUGACAUAAGGCAUGUAGGCCAACUGUCAAGCUGGUGUUGGUGUACCGUUGUAAAUUAUGCGGUGUGAACUUACUCACUUCACUAAUCUGAUUACUGAAGUAUGUUUUCCUCCAAUAAACAUGCACAUUUACCCAUGUUUUUAAGUAGAGCUUGAAAGAUACUUUCCAGCUGAGUUAAUAUACUGUUUGAUAAAAUUAAUAUGCUGGUGGCAAAUAAAACAAGCAGUGUUAAAACACCGUAAUAGUGAUGCAUGAUAUUGGAUUUUGACUGAUAUCUGAUAUGUAGACACAUCUUUUUUUUUUCCCCUGUAUUGAAACAUUAUUGUAACUCUUACUUUGACAGUCUUUCUGUUUUAGGUAUAAACAUAAAAUAAGACAGUCAACAUUUGACUCUGUCAUUAAAAGUGAAUGUACUCUUUUUCAAAUGUGGACAUUAAGAAAUAUGCUCACUGCUAUAUUUCUUAGCUUUGCUGAAUAAGUGCAGUAGAAGCUGCUGACAGGUUUAUGGUGCCGCUGACACUUUUUAAAUUCUCAUAAUUGAGAAACUCUUGGCGCUUCAGGGUGACACUCCUGGGGAUACACACAAUUAAGUUGGGAUUGUCGACAGAGUUUUGUGUAGCUCCUCUUUGCAUCCCCUGUGCUUGAAAAUCAUGGCACAUACAGAAGCCAUUUUGCUGUGUGUUUCCAACACUUGAAUAUACUUCCAGACAGCCAACAUGUUGAAACUCAUCGUGUGCACAAAGAUUUGUCACCUUAUCAGCCAUACAUAGUAGUGGAAAUCUGCUGAUGUUUUAUUUUUGGCUUGCACUGACAUACUGCCAAUAACGUUGUGCAUCUCUACACUGUUUUGAUUAUUUGAUAUUGAUUAACUUUAGGUUUCUAUUUGUCUCUAACUUCAUGAUCCAUCGUUCUGUUGCUCUUAAGUCCCAUUUCAACAAUGAUAAAACAGCAUGUCAUCAUUAAGCCAAACUUCUAUUCAAAUAAUUCAACUUCUGUUCAUAGCCAAAUUGUUCCAUGAAUCGUGUGUAUUGAUCACAUGACACAAUGAAAGUUUCUUUAUGUCUUCCACAGUGAGAUGAGGGAAGGUGUGAAAGGUUGACUAUUAUGGUUGUCAACCAAGUUUACUGCUGACAAACAUUUAUCUUUAAUUCUGGAAAUGGCAGCAGUUGCCAAAGAGGAGUGCCACUCUUUUUAUAAUAUGUGACUUUAAAAUAGUGGAGAAAGAGAAGAUGCAAUAUUUGUUUACCAUGAGUGACAGGAAGUCAUUCUUCUGUCUGUAUAAUUAAUCUGCUAAUAGUCUAAAUAAGCAGAUGAUUUCACUCCAGACACUAAAUUGAAGGCUAAUAUAGGACUCUGUGUACUCCAUCAUUUCCUCUGACAACACUACGACAAACCUGCCAACUACCUUGCACUAAGUGUUCCAGAUCUUUGAGAUUAAAAACAAUGCAACUUUGCUGCACCAUCACAGUUUGUUCAAAGGUUUUUAUCUGAUGUCAAACAUGCAUGUAGUAUGGACUGUCAUGAGUAUUGCCAGUAUGACUGAGCCCCCAUCUGCUUUGAUGUUGUUCUUCACAUGUUGAAAUGAAAUUAACUACUUGCCUUCAGCUGUCUGAAUCUCAUUACAUACUUCCAAAAGACUGCUUCACAAAAGCCUAUUUACUGUGAAACUGUAAAGCUAACCAGUCAGGUUUUGCUACCUACCUACGGUGGGAACACAAUGACUCACAGGCCUCGCUCUCACAGUCAGUGUAACAAUAAGCCUGGGGCACCAGGAAAUAUUGGAUAACAGCAGCUGUAGCCAUGUUUGAGAAUAUGAGGAAUGUGUAAUGGUGGGCUGUAUCAUUUAAAAACCGCUAAAACAAAUAUUAUGUCACAUAUACGUACAGUUUUUUUUUGUUCAUUUUGUCCUUUAAUGUUUCAGCAUUUGUCGAAGGAUGUGAUAAAACUCUGUCUCUUUUCUUUCAGCUCUGUGUGACAUGCAUCCGAUGAGGGCGCUCUUCCUCAUUCCAAGGAACCCCCCUCCAAAACUUAAAUCAAAAAAAUGGUGAGUUACCAGCCCUCCUGCUUUCUCCUUAAACUUCAAGAUCCCAGAAGUCAAUUCCAGCUGAAAUGUCCACCCUUAUAUAUCAUUAAAAGAGUAUAAAAUCUCUAAAACCAUAACACACUUUCAGAGAAAGUCCAAGUUCUAUCAAAUUCCAUUAUUUUGUCCGUUGGAGCUUUUUAAAUCACUUGGCCUGUGGAUUAUGAUGGCACCAGUACUUUGCUUUAAUUCCUCAGAAUCCUGUUAGGUUCUGAUCUACCAUAAGAGGGUGACCUUAUUUUGAUACAGCCAGUCACACUCAACACAAAGCAGUGACAUCAGCUUUCCCUCAAAGGCAGUGCAGACAGUCACGCUCAGCCAAGGAGCAGUCUGCUGCACGGCACAUGAAAAAAAAAAGGACUUAGAGCGAUAUUAGAUCUCUACUCACUUGCUGCUCUUACUUCAAAACAUGAGCACAAACCUUGUCCUUGUUAGAGAAGUGAGUAAACAAACAUUCAUGAGGAUAUGUGAAAAGUGCACCGCCAUUGUUUAGCCAGAUUGACAACAAACUGCUGAGCUGCAACACGUGGGACAGCAUGUAAACAAACUUUCAAAUGUCACUAAAAAAAUUCUUUACCUUUAACACUGUUCACAUCAUGCUAUGUGUACAGGGCCUGGACUGAGGCAUAAAUUUCUCUCUGCUGAUCAAACUGCAUAUCCCUCUUUACCACAGAUAAAAAUCUUUGAAAAACAAAUGACUAAUGUCUUCAGUUGAACUUUAAAACAGUGAAAGAAUGUGCGAUUGUUCCUGUUUGGUAGUGUGGUAGACUAGAGCAGGCUAAAUACUUUGAGUCAGUUGACUCUUCAGGGCUUGACACUAACUUUUUUCACAAGGAGCACAUGUGCUCUUAAGUUGAAGAUGUAAGGAAGACACAAAGAACUUAAGGGGCACAAUGAAAAUUGAUCAAAUAAUGUGUGUCUGAUUUGUCGACACAAGUUCUAUUAUUUGAAAUCAAUUUUAGGUCUUUUGGCCACAUGACAUGGAAGCUAUUGAAGAAAAUUUUCAAAAUUCGCCUUUAAAUUUAACACCAAAAUUUUUAGAGGACAAAUUAGGGAAAUGAAGAGGUGUGUCUUAUUGGUCGACAUAAGUAUUAUCUUUUAAAAUCAAUUUUAGGUCAAUUGGCCACAUGACAGAAGUGAUUGAACGACAAAAGCCUUUUUUGAGAACAUCAACUGGUAAUUUAUUGAUGGUCCCUUAUUCAUCACCCGAUGUUGACAGCGAGGGUGCAGAGUAGAUUUAACUGCACUGCCGUUGCUAUUCCCAGCUAUGGAGAGUGAGAAGACACCGGUAGAUCCGCAGUGAAUGUCCAUCGAAUAUCCAACCUGUAACUAACUUCGCCACAGUAUUUACAUGAAAAAACAUUUGUUGCCUCAGCUGAUUGUUUUUACGCGCACAUGUGCACCUAAAUACAUUUUCGCACACAUCUAUUUUUAGUCGCAAAUGCGAGUGAAUCUGUCGCACUGUCGAGCCCUGCUCUCAAUCUGAAGGUUGGAGGUUUGAUCCCAGAUCCUGCAAACCACUCGCCAAAGUGUCCUUGAGCAAGACACUUGACUUGACCACAUUCUGCCUGGACUGGCUGCAUCCAGCAUUGUGCAAAUACAAUCAGUUAAAGUGGACAGCGCUUUAGCCUCUGCCAUCAGUGUGUGAAUGUGGUGUGUAUGUGUGAAUGUGAUAUGUAAUAUUAAAGUGCUUUGAGUGGUCAGAGGCUAGAGUAAGUUUCAAUAAACAUAGUCUACUUACCAUUGGUCCAUUUGUGUGAGAUAAGAUACUACAUAGAAAAAAGCGAUUUUUUAAAGAAGAUGUGGUUCUUCAGCUGAUGUUGGGUGUAAGAGCUGAAAGCAGUGAUAGUAGUCAAUGAUUUUCUUUCUCCAUCCCUCCUGCUCUAACUCUCUUUACUUCACCUGGAGUCCUUAACAGAUCUAACUGAAACUGUUUAUGGUCCCACUGCAUUUAGAAGGCAAUGUUCUUUCACUACGUUUUUAUAGCCUAAUUAUAAAGCUGCUUUCAGCCAAUAUUGUUUAAUGCGAAAUGAGCACUUAUGCAAAUUCAAAACUGUCAGUAAACAACGUGAGCUGAAAAACUCUGGCGGACAAUAUUGCUUAGCUGCAUGUCGGUUUCACUGGGUGAUAAUUGCAGUGAGCCUGUUGACUCUUGCCCGUCAAACUUUGCUCCCGUAUCUCUCAUCUUCCUCUACGUGAACCUCCAUCUCAGGUCCAAGAAGUUUAUUGACUUUAUAGAGGGCUGUCUUGUGAAGACAUAUCCCAGCCGACCAUCCACAGAGCAGCUUCUGAAGCACUCCUUCAUCAGAGACCAGCCCACCGAGCGCCAGGUCCGAAUCCAGCUCAAAGACCAUAUUGACCGAACUCGCAAGAAACGAGGGGAGAAAGGUAAACACAGGAAAAUUACCUUGAUUAUCUGAAGUAUGAUGUCGGUUAGUAUACCACAAAACUUUUGAGGUAAUGUUUCAAUUCUCUUGAUUAUUUUUUUUUCCUACAGAGGAGACGGAGUAUGAGUACAGUGGUAGUGAUGAAGAGGAUGAAAAUCGUGGCGAUGACAGAGAGUCAAGGUGACAGAAGAUUAGCUUGUCUGUGGAGUAGCAUGAGACCUCGACUCUGUCUAAAUGAAGUCAUCAUACUCAACCGUGUCAUAUUUCUACUUUUUGUUGAUAGUUCGAUCCUCAAUGUGCCCGGCGAGUCCACACUGAGGCGGGACUUCCAGCGCUUGCAGCAGGAGAACAAAGAACGAUCCGAGGCUCACAAGAGGCAGCAGGCGCAACUGGCAGCUCAGCGACGAGACCCUGAAGAACACAAGAGGCAGCUGUUGCAUGACCGACAGAAACGCAUCGAAGAGCAGAAGGAACAGCGGCGUCGACUUGAAGAGGUAAUAAUCGACACCCUUUUCCAGGAGAAGUAAAAAAAUAAAAAGAGAAAAUAUAUUCUCCCUCUCCCUGAAGCAAACAAAAAACCUUGAACACUUGUGUUGUCGCUCCUGCUUUGCAACCAGCUCACUCGGAGAAAACUGUUUGAGCACAUAAUUCAAACCAAAACCACCACUUGACAUUUUUACAAUAUUUUUUCAAUGAAUCGAAGCAGAUCAGAUGUGUUAUUUUGAAGUGCCUGUGUUCAGAGACUUUCUAAUCAAGGUUGUUUUCUGCCCUGCUUUCAAUCUUCGAGCCACUCUGUCUCGUUCUCUAAAUUCAUGUUUAAACAGAGUUCUUUCACUGAAGUACAAACAUUCCUGCAAAUUCUGGAAAAAAUCAUAUCUGCAUGUUUCCAUUCAAAUUCUGAUUCUUUCUGUUAUGAAAGUCAGAUAUUUUUUCUCAUUUUUUAACUUUCUUUCACUCUAAACACUUAACAUUCCAGUAUUGUCCAAAAUGUUUGCAACACGUACCUGCAAUGUGUUGAACCUCCAGAAUGAAAUGCGAUAUAAACUCAACAUUGAUGAUACAAACAAGUAUUCAGGAGAAAGUUAUAUAGGUUCAGUACCAAUAUGUAGACACCAAUAUAUACCAAUACACAGCCUAUGCUUUAAUCCUCUAUCUACUCUGUUCUAUCCAGCAAUCAUCCCAGCAGACAUGCACACUAGUAAUACAUAACACAACACCUAACCCCAAUUUUUCUGUCUAAACUUGCAGCCUAUAACUGUGAUCUGCUUUUUGGUUGCCUGCGGUCUGAUUUGAUUCGGUUAUAAAUACAUUAACAAAACGGGGGUCGACCUUGAUUUCUUUUGGAAUAAUUCUGCACUUCUCUUUUCUGCACACACGCCAAAAUCUCCAAAUACUUCUGCAAAAUGCAGCACAGUGGUUCAUUUUUAAUGAAAUGAGAUGCCGUACUGAGCAGUGAAACGAUCAGGUUUAUUGUCUGUUCUGUACCCGCUCAUGUCCUCACCCUUCAGCCACUUAACUCCUCGCUGCUGCCCUUUUAUUUUUUCUAAUCCUCGGGUCAGUGUUUUCCGUUGCUUGGUUAUGAGUUCCGAGCAUUUAUGAUUGCCUUCUAUUGCUGGCGCUACUUAACUGUUUUUAUAUAAUGUGUUAAAUGUAGAAACUCUGAGCACUUAUAACAGGUUAAAAAAAAGGUUUGAAAAGCUCACAUAUUGCAUUUAAAAAUAAGGCCCGUAACACAUAAAGAGUCUACUUUCUACAUACAAGAAACAGAAGCUCUGCUUACUUGUAGUAGCUAUUGUUCCUUUUCUUACAUUUACAGACAUUUCAAGUGAAAUGAUUUGUAAUCCCUGAGGAAUUAAGUGAGUUUACCUGAAAGGAAAGAUUCUAGUUUUGUUCAUCUCGAGUAUGAAUGUGUAAUUCUGCAAAUAUUUUCCCAAACGGAGACAAAUUUCUCUACCAAAGUGGGAUGUUUUGGAGUUGUCUGUGGCAUUGAAGCUGUUACAAAAAAUGUAUCUCCCCCCCUUAAGGAGAAAAGAGAUUAGCGAGUUGUAUUAGUGGCAUAAGAAUCAGACUUUUUCUUCACUAAGAACACUAAUCUGCCUGUUAUGAAGCGUUGAAACUGCCCCAGAGGCUGCACAUGUUCAUUUGAAUAAUGUAGUGCAGAGAAACCACACACAUACCAAGUCAUCUCUUACAGCCUAUUUUUAAUUUUAACAGCUGCUAAACAAAAGAAUUGAAGCAGGCCAGUUCACAUGCUAGCAGCAGUGAGGCUGAAAGAAAAUAUUCCCGAUAGAAGAGUUGAGAAGUAAACGCUGAAAUCAUCAGAACGAAAUCCCUGGAGAAAUAUCAUCAACUUCCCUAACCCCUCUUGUUAUUUGAUUUUAUCUUUUGUUGUCAGCUUCUCUGGAAGUUUUAACUCAGGAAAUUGUUGUCUGUACAUGUUGGCUGUUGGAGUGGUUAUGUAAUGGUGAAGGUGUGCGGACCUGACAUUGGUUAGGUUUGACCACCUCCAAAUAAACCCCCUAGACUAUCACUGACUCUUCGCCUUAUCAGAGGACUGCUGUUUUGCUGCUAAAAGCUUUCUUUGCAUUUUAAUUUAAGCAUUAAGAUUGCAAGAAGACCACCAAUCUCAUCAGUAGGUGUGGUUACCAGAUUGACCAAACAAAUAAAAAUAAGGACGAUAUUAAUGUAACUUUUUAACUCCUAGCUAAGCCGUGAUUCCAACUGUACAUUUCAACCAACCAGUUCCUUGAGUGUCCACUUCAGGCUAGCUGCAAGGCAUCAGAAACCAUAAACACCCCCUAUCUAAAGAGCUUAUGUUUAGAAAAAAAAACAAGGUUUGGUCUGAUAAAGCUUAUUUCUCUUUUAGCAAACAGUGUAAAUGGGAUUACUUUUCUUAAGACUCAAUUUUGAGCGUAUUAAUGCUUUAUUAGAGGUACUGCUGAUUUGAUUGACGGAUGGGCACCCCAUAGCUGUCAAUGAAGAGGCUAAAACUCCACCUCUUUGUCAAUUAGGCUGAGUCAGCAUUUCCAAAUUGUCGUUUUUGUCCCCCCAAUUUUGUAGAUAAGGCUUCAAAACUCAAUCUUAGUUGUGUCACCCUUUUGUUUCUGAAGUCCAUGCCUUCACUUAAUGAUUUCAAAAUUACAAGAUUAAUAAUUAAACACAUCGCAUGACUUGUACCGUAAAGUAGAUACAGUGAAUGUGAUAAUGGACAUAAGCGCAGAAGUGAAACAAAAACAGGACAUUUGAUCAUGCUGUCUGGUGUUGUUCUGCAUGUAUAAACUGCAGUCUGGAGUCUCUGUUAACAGAAACACAGUUGUCUUGUAUGAACCAUCCAUAAGUUAGUUGAAUGUGCAUUUAAAGGUCAGCUUAUUUUUUGGCGGGGACACCUUCAGCAUAAGAUGUAUAAUCUUCUGCAUCAGUUUUUUGCAGCUCCUUUUCUGCUGCACCAGCCUGAUUUUGCUACAGCUCUGCCACCACAUCAUUGUAAUGCCAUAACUGCAGGUAAAAAAAAUGACAAAUUGAACAAGCCCUGCCCUUGGGAAACAGAGUUCUCCAUGAAACCAGUCGGACUGUGACAAGAACCGGGGCAGAAAUUAGGGCUGUCAUAGUUUAAUAUGCUGAGUAAAACCCUCUGUGCUGAUCUAGCCUAUCCCCUAGACAAGAAAUAUUGUCAUUAUUGUCACACCACUGAUGGUUGAUGCCAAAAAGGAAAAACAAACAACUGAACAAUGUGACUCAAAUUUGUUAUUAUCAUUAGCUGAUUAAAGGACCUAAAAAGAAAUGGUUUCACUCUUGAACUGCCACGAUCAAGCACAAAAAAAGUGCAUUUAGACAUGAUUUCAGUCCAUGUUUUGUACUGUGCUGGAGAUUUCUAAAGACAUUCUCACCUAACUCCGAGCACCGGUGGGCUGUGAAAAGGGUCAGCAGCUGUGAAAUGUUUCAGGAGGUAUGUGGGAUUUGAAUGAGGCCCACAUAAUUACACUGAUAUUGCUAUUGUUAUUGAGCGUUUUGCUGCAUCAGUACGGUGCUGUGUUGCGCUAUGAUUGAACACCUUUAAUAAACCUGCUUCUCCUUCAUAGUCUUCUCUGGCAAACUGUUUGAACUGAAUGAGCUCAAACAAGCUCUUGAGUGCUAAGUGUCACCUCCGAGUAGGAGGUUCUCAAAGGAGACAAAUCUUGUUCUUUUAAUGUCCCUUCAAAAACAGCAAAGUGCCACCUGGGGAACCGACAGUCAGUUUAAAUCUAUAUCAAAGCAGCACACUCAGAGAAGAUGAUUAGGAUGCUUUAGGUGUGUGUUAGUGAGAGUGACUCACAGCCUCCGCUCCUUCUAUUUCUUUCUCUCUUUCUUUUUUUUGUUACCAGCUCUUUGCACAAAAAACAAGAGAGGGUUUGCUCAUAAGCAGACUCUCCAUUAUAAAUUCCCCCGUGCAAACAUAGCCUCUCUGCUCAUUUUUCUUUUUCCUGUCACCCUUCCCUCCCAGCAACAGAGAAAGGAGCGAGAGAUGGUGAGGCAGCAAGAAAAAGGUCCCCACCGGAGACUCGACGAUAUGAGACGAGAGGAAGAUAGGAGGCUGGCUGAGAGGGAGCAGGUAACCAAUCACAGGAGACGUGGGGCUGCAAUCAACCAAUCAAAGUGUAGUGUGGGCGUGUCCACCAGCAACACUGUGCAAGUUGCUCUGGUGGUGAAAUUCCAUGAGUAGGUUGCCAUAGCAGCAAGGGUCUAAAUUAGUGUAUUUAUUCAGAGAUGAGUUUUCUGUGGGUGAGCUCUCUGCGUCUCUUUUGCAGUUUCCAGUCUACCCUCAGUAACACAAGAGUCUGGCUUCACAGUAGCAUCAACUAGUAGUGCUAAAUACUGUUUUUAUGUCAUUAUCAAACCUUACACCUCUCAAGAUUUACUGCCAAAUAUUUGAUUUUACUCAAUCUUUUUCACAAUCUUCUUUUAGUUGAGUUAAUGUCAAAAUGAUGUCUUAUAUUUGUCUCUAACUACUUUGUGCAUGUUCUGUUAUGAAAACCUUAGUUAGAACUGUUAAUUUUUCAUAACAUAGCCUGUAUUGUUAAACAGAUUGACAUUACAUAACUGUUAUUUCCCCCCCUUUCUCUACCCCACUACCAUGUUUAUUCUUAUUUCUUUUUCUCACCUCCAUGCUGCCUAUCAUUCUCACUCUCCUCCUUUUCAGGAGUUUAUCAGACAUAAAUUAGAAGAAGAGCAGCGGCAGUUAGAAAUCCUUCAGCAGCAAUUGCUUCAGGAGCAAGCUCUACUUAUGGUAACAAACCCUCUCCACUCCUUUUAUCAUUUCCUGUCCUGAACACACGUGUGUCCAUGUCCUGAAAAAAAUCAAUCGAUGGGUGCUGAAAAAUACUGACAUUGAAGAAAUGUUUCAUAUUUCUAUUUUCAUCAGGAUGCUCACAGCAGUGUUGCUCUUCUGAUUGUUUUUAGGAGGGUUUUUUUUUAGCACUCCUACUGCCACACUUGUAACAAAAUGUAGAUGUAGGUUCUAGAAAUGCCCUUCCUCCAUAUAAAGAUGCUCUAUAUGUUGCAGAGUGUGGUUGCAUCUCCUACAAUAUGGCAUGUCUUGAAAGGGGUGCACUGACCUACAUUUUGGGGCAGUCCGGGCAGAUUUUUUUGUGUCUUGCUAACUACGAAGGGAAGAUUUUCCACAAUCAUGACAUCAUCGUUAAAGCCAGCUUCUUUGAUGGGUUCGGUCUUUGUUACUUGGUGUUGGAAUUGUAAAAAGAGCCUUACCAGACUGAAUGUGUGAUGUAUUUAAAUAUUUUUCCUAUUUCCUUGUAAAGAAACACACAAACACAUACAGCAUGUAUGUUAUACAGUGCCCAGUACAUCCCCUAUUAAAAGUGCAGUAUUACGCAAUAUCUAGAUGAACAAAAGUACAAUUUCCAAAGUUUUGACAAAGCUGAGUUUAACAUAACAUUUUAUUUACCAUAAGAUGGAAAUAAGAGUGAUAUGGUAACUAACAUUUAGCUUUGCUCCCAGAACUUUGAUUGGGGUGUACUCAUUUUUACAUCCCGAUUUUAAAUUUAAAAAAAUACUGUUUUGUAUGCAACUUAAAAAAUGUUAUGUGCAAUCAAUUGGCUUACAUUUGGGGAGUAUUUUGUUGUAUAGUCUGGCAUAGAAAAUGUUGAUUUUGAAACUAAAGGUUUUCUGACAACUCUGAAGGGGUGUACUCAUUUAUGCUGAGCACUGUAUGUAUGUUUGUCUUUUCACAGACCAGAUCACACAGCCAGGUUUUUGAAGUUUAUUGCUAUGCUUAAUGAUUACAAGCAGAGAUAGUGCAGUAAAAUCCCAGACCAGUGCUGUGAGGCAAUUCUUAAGUAGUUUAUUAUUUCAGAUUGAGGUCAGAACAAAAGCAGUGAACUACAAAGCUUAAUUAUUAUUAUUAUUAUUAUUAUUAUUAUUAUUGGGCCUGAUAUUUAUGAGGCCUCAAGGAACCUGAGGACAGGAAUGUUUGUGUCCUAUUGGCCGACUUUUAUUGGAAUGAUUAAGACACAUUAUCUUAUUACAUCUCUGAUGAACACUUCAUGUUAACCGUUCCCCCUCAGAGCUGUUAUACACCUGUAAUAAACUCCAUUGCCUUACUUACAUUUUAAUCAAACCCGCCAGUCAAAGCGUCCCUCUCUCCACAGCUAGUUCAUAUUAAAAACCUACCUGUGGUGCUUUUUGCCAGAUGUAAUGAGGUUGGUAUCAGUUAUAAUGCCAGCAAAAUUGAACCAACUCCCCUGUGGGAAUCUAGAGAAGUCUAACAAAAGCCUCGAAUAAAAAGGAGAGACACUGAUAGGCAGCUGCAGGAAGUGCUAAGUCAACCACAGUUCAUUGCUCAGAAAAUUAUGUCUUAGUCACUAUUCAAUUUGUGCAGUUUUUAUAACAGGAACAUUUCAAGGCCAUUAGGGUAACUGUAGAUGAAGAUAUUAAUAGAUUAAUGAGUGUGAACGAUAAUUUGGGAUGUCUUUUCUUAAACUAGUAUCAAGCUUUCAUCCAGGUCGUCUUUCAGGGAAGAAUAGCAGCCCUCAGCGGUCACACAUUUUGUGUGGAAAUUACUGUGCUAGCCUUUUGAAAACCAGAAACUGUGAUCUUUACAACUUAAUACACGCUCUAUCAUAGUUUGGUGUCUUGUUUUAGUCUUGAUAGUAGCAGUGCAGUUAGAAAAGCUUAUGUACCCUCUUUCACCAAGGUCCUUCAGAAAACAAAAAUACUGCAGUGCCUCCAUUGUGUCCUCAGUUUGCUUUCAAGUCCCUACCAACACAGGGAAGCACCUGUGUGAGGCAUCCUCACUUUGUGCUAGGCUGGGUUUUCUGACGGUGGAGGGAUAUUUCAGGAAACUUAUUUUAGUUGUUUGUUUCCACAGUCUCACAUCCUCACUCUCCUCUCAGUAUGGGUUAGGUUCAUGUGCAGGAGGUUUAUGUUUGAAUUUACAGCCUCAUUUGGUGGCUCAUAGUGUUAAAGCUGAGGAAUGAAUGAACAAAUGAGGAGUAUCCAACAUCAGAGAACGUCUCAUUUGGGUUUAUGUUCGUUUAAGAGUAUUAGUUGUUCAAAAAGUCGAUUGAAACUAAAAAAUCUGAUCUCUCUUUUUGCUAUAUUUAAUGUAAACUUCAGACUACAUUUGAGUGGCUUAUGACUGACACAUUCACUUUUCUCUAGUUCCUUUUUUCCCUUGAAAACCCUUUAAAGCCUGGGAGAAGUGUUAUUACAACUCAGUAAAAAAACAAUAGGUUAACUGGCUCAUUUUACCCUGUUAAAUGCACAUAUAAAUGGAAAUGUUCAGAUAUGGACCAGUCAGUAUUCUUCAGCUGAAGGAUGGUAAUUUAAAAAAGCAGUACACUAUUGUUGUGUACAGGCAUUUAGGGCUUGGUGAUAUGGCCUCAAAUCAAUAUCAUGAUAUAUUGAGCAGUUCACCUCAAUAACAAUAAAUGGACGAUAACUACUCCACAAGCUGCUCCCUCCCUCCCACAUUAACUUCGUCUACUUUAGCCGCUCCAGCUGCUACAACUUUUGAACUGUCCUCCAUCUCCUCACUUGUCUUUCCCUCUUUGUUGCGGACUGGAUGGGGACUGACGUAGGACAGCGUCUUAAAGGGACAUGAGACUAUAGCCUACCUACACUAAGGCUGCACGAUAUUGGAAAAAAAUAAUAUUGCGAUUUUUUCAACCCUGCGAUAUAUAUUGCGAUAUUAAAAAUACAGUAUUUUCACCAGAUGACCUGAAUAGCACUUAAUGUUAUGCUGCACUGCUGAAAUCUUGAGGACAGUUAAUCUGCUCUGAUCUUACCUCUUUUUGUGAAUGUUAGUAGAAUGGCUUCUGUCUGUCUCAGAGAUAUUUUUAGCUUUUAUUGUGCUGGGACGUUAUUGUGGCAACAGAUGAACACAGAACACGUGUUUUGGUCGACAUCAUCCUUCUUUUAACCGAAAUAAUUCCAGAUAACUGACUUUCCUUUUCUUUUUGGCAACAAAUCUUCAUUUUCGGUGGUUUUCGCUUGUUCGUUGUUCAUUUUGCGAUCGUUGUUGUUGUUGUUAGCGGUGUUGUGCCGAGAAACGCAUGUCCUCCGAGAAUUGCAUGCACCUCACAAAACGCGCACCGCUUAUAGUAGAGUGGUCCACGGAAAUGCACAAUUUAAAACCCAUACAGUUCUUAUUUGUUGGGCUUAAUAGUCAUGAGUAAAGUUCCGAAAGUAAUUCUCAGCGGACACACGUCUCCCUCCAUGUGCAGAACAUGUGCAGGGGUGGGUUUUCUCCUCCCUGAUUUUGAUUGACAGCUGGCAGGGUAGUCUGAUUGGCAACUGAGAAGUGAGUCUGAUUGGCAACUGAGUUAAGGACGAAGGCGAUUGGUGGAUCGCUGGAACAGCACAUGCAGAGUCACAUGGAGUGUAUCUCAGUCAGCUACCCUUGAAAUUAAAUGAGUUCAUUCACCUCCAAUAUCGCAGGCUCUGCGAUGUGACUAUCGCACACACGUACAUCGCGAUGACGAUAGUCAAACGAUAUAUCGUUCAGGCCUAACCUACACACAUCCAAAACCACCUUUUUUUUUUUUUUUUUUUUCGACACGAAUAUAUUGACAUGUGCAAAAUGACGUUGGUUACUGUUGUAUAUUUCAGUAUCAGUAAAUUUUCGGUUUAUCGCCCAGCCCUAAAGUCAUUAGAGUCUCUCCAAACAUUUAUCUUUGUGGAUGUAAUAAAGAUAAAUACACAAACUUAUGCAGAAACUUUGAAUAAACUUGUCUGAUCCUUUUACUGUUCAGCGUGAGGGAUCAAAAUGCUAACCUGCAGUGUGUUUGUUUGCUCAGGAGUAUAAGCGCAAGCAGCUAGAGGAGCAGCGCCAGUCAGAGCGGCUGCAGAGGCAGCUGCAGCAGGAGCAUGCCUACCUGGUGUCUCUGCAACAGCAGCAGCAGGAAAAGAAACCCCAGCUCUACCACUAUAACAAGAACCUGGAGCCCAACAACAAACCCACUUGGGCCCGAGAGGUAGCGGUGUUGCUGAUACCUCAAACAUAAGACACCAAGUAAUGAGUGCAAAUGCUUAUGAAGGUCAUCUUUCUUUGACUGUCGUCCGUUAUCCAAGGUGGAGGAACGAAGUAAGCUCAACAGACAGGGCUCACCCAAAAUCUGCACCACUGUCUCCGACACCGCCAUCCAGUCACGCUCUGACUCAAUCAGCCAAUCAGGAGUGGGGCAGUCUGCUCAGACCCCACCGAUGCAGAGGCCAGUUGAACCCCAAGGAGGGCAGGGAAAGGUGGGUGAAGUUUAAAAUCUGGAGGAGCAAAUGAUGAAACUGUCACUUGUGUCUUUCUGCCUGAGCUUCUUACCUCUUCAUGUUCUGUGCUAGCUUAUUUACAACUUCUUUCUCUUCUUUUCUCUCUUUUCCCUCUUCACCAAUCUGCAACCCUAAAUGUUAACAAAAUCACUUCGGAUUACAAAACAACCUCGCACUCUUCUUUAUUGUGGCCUGCUCCUGCUCCUUCGGCUGUCCUCUGCACUCUUUCUUUCCCCGGCUGCUCCUCCUUCUCGAUCUUCUGCCGCUGUUCGCCUCUGCAGUUCCAGAUGGCUCACUUGGUCCCACUAAAGCCUUACGCUGCCCCUGUCCCUCGCUCCCAGUCUCUCUGUGACCAGCCCACUAAGACCAUGUCCGCCUUCCCCACCCAGGACCCCUCCCUUGCCCCCACACCUCGCCCUAUCCACUCUAGGGAGCUGGUGCGUCAAAAUUCAGACCCAACUUCUGAGACCCCAGCGCCACAGGCACAUCAAAUCAGAGAAGAUCGUGGGCCAUGGAUCCGCCUCCCUGAUGUGGAACUUCCUCCUAAGGUAAGAGUAGUGGCUGGAUAUGACUGAGGAGCAGGUACAAAAACAGUCCUCACAGUCCUUGAGGAUAAUGCCUUCAUUUUUGGACACAACCAGUGUUGUUUUCCCUGUUUUUUUCCAUGACGAAGACGUGACGUUGACGAGCUAAACAUAAGUCUUAGAUGACUAAAAUGUGACGAGACAAAUGUGCGUUUACGUUGACGAGACAAGUCUAGACGAAAACGUUAGUGGUGGACAACGAACAGAGUUGCAAAAUUCAUGAGCAUUUCAUCAGUCAAACGCUAAACAUAUAUUCUGCAGUGUUGUUUUCGUUGACGAUGACAACACAGCACUAUGAAACUGAAUCUGUAAAACAAAGGCUCAUGUUUACACAUUACAGUUGGUAUGAAAUACUUGGAAAUGUCUGACUGUGAUAUUUCUUUUCCACAGAUCCCUCAGAGGACAGCAUCCAUUGCCACAGCACUCAACACUAACCUGUCUUCUGGCAUACGGCAUCCAGUAAGAGCCAGGUAUGAACACGGACCAAUGAUCUGAUCAGAGGUUUCCUUAAACAAGUUCUUCCAAAACAAUGUUUGGUGUAAAUGACAACGCAAGAUAACUCAUUGGUAUCCUUCUGGCAGCAAUCCAGAUCUCAGCCGCAAUGAUCGCUGGGAGAGAGGAGACAGUAUGAGCAUCAUAUCCAAUCUGCCUCAGACUGGCUCUCUAGAGAGGCACCGCAUCCUCAGUGAGUCCCCGGCGCUAUUUCUCUGCAGACCGUCUUUGCUGUAAGCCACAUUUCAGAGUUCUAACUACACUCCACGUUUUAACUCUUUCAGGCACCUCCAAGAUGGAUUCACCAAUUCUCUCUCAUGACAGUCGCCAUAAGCCAGGAGAGUCUCGCACCUCCUCGCGCCCUGGGCGCCCUGCUGUGAGUUCACCCUUCAGACUGACAUUGUAUCGUCUGACUUUUCAGUAACCCCUACUUAUUCAACUAUUAUUUUUCACCACUGAAGAUGUGCAUGAAACACAUUUAAAAACUUAACUGUGUGCACAUGCAUAGAUCUCAAAUGCACUUGCUCUGUAACUUAAACCCAUCAGAUCCCAACUGAAGCUUUCCCCUCACACUUUUCCUUUUUACACAACACUGUUGAUAUGUCCCUUCACGUUUCUCCUCUUCUGUAAUCUCCCUGUUUGUUGGCUUUACCUUGAAAAUACAGAGUUACAAGAGAGCAAUAGGGGAGGUUAGUAUGACUGUCUCUGUGUUUGCUUGGUGUCCAUGCAUGACUGUGUACAUCGAUUCACUGGUUGUAUCACGUUGAAUGAUUUGCAUGCUUGACUGUCUUUGUAAAUUCAGUAAAUUGUGUUUUGAUUUUGUAUGAAAUUUCACUCAUAAUUCACAAUCAAAUGCGAGGUAUUUAAAUGUUUUUAAAUGUAAGUAUGUUGCUCAAAUUCAUCCUCACAAGUGGUCAGCCCUGAGUUAAGGUAGUAUUGGGAGUUUACACUCCUGACUUAAAGUCCCACUCUGAUCGUUUUUUUACUACUUAAAGUCUUCUCAGUAGUCUUUAAAUUGUGAUUAUGACGUUUUUAGCCAAAAUCGCGUUACCUGUGUCAUUUUCAAGAGCUUUUCUUCUGCAUAGCUCUAGUAGCUCAUUAGCAAUUCGCUUCUGUGUGGUGGGCGGAGACAGCGCUGCUCUGCACACUCGUCUUCAUGUUAGCUUGUAGCCUAACGUUGCCUGUGCAGCAGAAGUGGCAGGUAACAUAGGAGCUGUUCAGCUUUUAGACACUAAUGUCUUUAGGGGCACGAUGAAAGCUAAUAUCAUAAUCAGCUUUCUUAUGAGCGUUGAAAUCCGCUAACGCACACGCUUGUUCCACGAUCAUCCUCUGUAUUUCUCCUCUAUAUGCAGAGUGUGGCCUGCAUAGCGGGGCUCCGGGGGCGGAGCUUAGAUUUGCUACGUAUGAAAUCUCGCUGUGUCUGAACCCGCCGCUUGGAUCUGCCAGAGAUUCACCGUGAUUUGAAUGAAGAAAUACUCAGAAAAGCAAUUUCGCAUUUAUUUUUCUCAUGAUACGACCUGUAGCAUCAGAAAAAUGUCCUAUGAACAUAUAAAAAACAAGAAAAACAUGAUUUUCAUCGGAGUGGGUCUUUAAGCUCAUAAUGACGCCUCAAAUCAUCUUGGGUACAAGUGUUCAUGAAUUAUUGAUACCCUGUUUGAUACUUUUCUAAAUCCUGACGUUAUAUUUAGAAUAUUUUCAUGUGAUUCUUGAAAGUAAUGUUGUAUCUGUGUGAACAGGAUCACGGCCUCUUCGCCAAGGAGCGUGCUGAGGAGCAGCCGCGGCCUCCUGUCAAGGCCAAUGAUUACUCCUCCUCUUCGGAGAGCAGCGAGAGCAGUGAGGAGAGUGAAAGUGGGGAGGGCGUUGAAGAGGAGGAAAGCCCAACUGAUCGGUAACUCUAACCCAGUGGUUUUCAAGUCCAGUCCUUGAGCCCCCCGUCCUGCAUGUUUUGGAUGUUUCCCUGCUCCAACACACCUGAUUCAAAUGAUCAGCUCGUUAUCAAAUUCUGAGAUGGCUUAAUAACGAGCUGAUCAUUUGAAUCAGGUGUGUUGGAGCAGGGAAACAUCCAAAACAUGCAGGACGGGGGGCUCGAGGACUGGACUUGAGAACCACUGCUCUAACCCCAUUGAACAAAAACAAUUGAUGAGUCGGAUGUUUGAAUUUGUCUACUUUUACUGAAGUGGUGAAAAGUUCCUUCUGUCAUCCUUAACUUGUAUUCCUUGUUGGGUUGAAGUCACAGGGAUGCAGACACAGACUCAGUCAACACCAUGGUGGUUCAUGAAGAUGAAGGCGAAGUGGGUGAGGGGGAGCAGGCUGGAGGAUAUGGGGAUCAGACCAUGCUGGUGCAGAGGGUGAGUCAUCUGUUUAUGUAAUGAUACUUCAAUGUAUUGGGACAAAUCAACACUGUUCAUGUGGAUAUGUCUGUUUGUUUGAAAUAACACCAUCAAGGGGCAUUUUUUUCACCCUGACCCUAACCCAGGAUGCAAAAACAAAAAGAUGGAUUCCCUUAACAUCGAUGAGGACUGUAGGUUUCUGAAGAUAGCUCUCCUCAUUCAGUGGUGUGCACCAUUGUUCAGCAAGCACUCAGGAUAAAAUGAAUCAUCGGAUAUUCAGACAUACAGUACAGUGCCAAGUCUGCUAUCAAUAGAUGUUAAUGCUACGCAGCCACAGCUCCACUAUCGAACAUCUGCUCUCGGUAACAAAGAGUGUCAGGAGAAGUAUUGCUGCUGUUGGUUGCUCGGUUUUCCAUCCAAGCAUCGAGCAUGACAACUUCUGCAAGCCGGAGUUACAGCACAUCUGUCCCGUACAUGUUUGUGUACAGUCAAAUCCGAGCAGUGCAUCUUUUCGAACGGAGUAGAUUGUGUAAAAAAGCGCCCUGUGUGAAGCAAGAAUCUGUAAGAUUUUCAGAGAGACUGCGAUAUGAUUCAGUGACAGACUUUGCAGGUGGCUGAUGAUGAUGUCGGUGUGGGAAGUGUCACCCUCGCUGAAGUGCAAUAGUUUGAUGUGUUUAAACGAUAAAACGAAGUGUAAAACGCUUCUGCCAAGCGACAGUUACAUCACGAAACAUCAUGGGAUAAUAUGGACGUGAUAGCUUGGCUGCUGUUAUAAAGAACAGGAGACAUAAAAAAAGUUCACAAGGUCAAAUUGAGAUUUUCUAGGUAAAUGUGGAUUUCCUGGAGAGAGUCUUAGAAGCAGUCCUAUUGACAGUACAGGCGCUCAGCUGCAUUGUAAAAGAACAGUAGCAGUCCUACAUUUUUAACACCUACCAGGCUGAAGGGUUCAUUAUUCUUCUUCACCAGGUGUUUAUUUUUCAUUUUGCUUGUGGAAAUCAUGACAUUCCUCUGGCGACUUUUAUCCCGAAGCGGCGGCUCAGGUUCAAGGCCCAAAUAUAACUUAUUUGAAAAACUCCAGGUUUUACAGGUAUCUUUUUCUAGCCUUUUCAAGGACAGUAGUCAGUUAAGAAACUGUGGGGCGACGGUGGUGUAUUUUUCGCUCCAUUAUUGGGAAAUAGUCCCAUAUUGCUUUUCCAGCUUUUGUAAUGAAAUACAAGGUUAAAGCAUCCACUACGGUUUAGUUGUGCCCGGCUAGUAGAGGCAGGGCUUGAUGAAAACUUACCCAUUCUUAUCGGUAAUUAUAGAGAAGUUCCCUUUUUAUUUACUGCUGCUUGUUCACAAGAGUGACUCAUAAAACAUUAAACAAAGAAACAAAUGUGCUGUCUCUCUGUGUAAUGAAGAACUGAACUCUGUAAAGCACAUCAGGACACAACUAUCACUGUGCUUCUGGAGGUCACUUUUUGGGCUGGAUCAGAUAGGUCAAAUCCAGGUCAUUGGUGAGGCAGAUUAGCCUGGAUCUGACAUUAUGUAACCAGUGUGCUUAUUUCACUUUCUCCUAAAAGACCCCAGAGAAGCGGAGUCAUAAUGGGUACACCAACUUGCCAGAUGUGGUUCAGCCCUCCCACUCCCCCACGGAUUCAGCCUCUCACUCCUCUCCAGGGAAGGACUCUGUUUAUGAUGUGAGUUCAGUGAUGCUAAAUAUAUCAGGCCUCAAAUCCUGCUGUAUUUCCAUGUGUUCCCUCUCUGCUAUUAUUCCACUUAGACAGUCUUUCAAAAACACAUUGAAUUCCUUCUUACAUUUGCAAAUCUUUAUUCUCAAACUCUCCCUCUCUGCUCCUGCAGUAUCAGUCCAGAGGUUUGGUUAAAGCAUCUGGGAAGUCCUCCUUCACCACCUUUGUAGACCUGGGCAUGUACCAAUCACCAGGAAGUCAAGGAGAUAAUAUCUCUGUCACCAGUAAGUCCAAAGCUUUUUAGUCGUAGCAUUUGCCACGGGGAAAGAACCAAACUGUUUUAGGACUAAAUUAACCUGUAACAUAAUUUCUGCAACAGUCUAUUGGAUACAACAAACUGCUGUGAAGGAUGAGUUAAAAAGAUCACAGCCCAGCUUAGUCUGAAGCUUUCAUAAUUCUGCCCCGGUUUGACUUUUCUGUCCUCAAGCUAAUUAAAUCACUGCAUCCAUAUGAAGGCUCUAGGUUUGAACAGCUGAAGAUGGAGGUGAGGAAAGGCUCCAUGGUGAAUGUCAAUCCCACCAACACACGCCCACCCAACGACACACCUGAGAUUCGCAAGUACAAGAAGAGGUUCAACUCUGAGAUCCUGUGUGCAGCACUCUGGGGUAAGAACACAACCAAAUACACUGAAUGAGGCUUUUUAAGUGUAACACAAAUGAAUGUGAAAACUGUGUGUGAUAUUCAUGAGUGUUUUAGGAUCUUCUGUGUCCCAUUUGCUCGUUGAAAUCAUCCACAGUCACAUAAAAUAUUCAUUGAAGUUUCCUUUAUUUGUAAUUUUCCCCUAUUACAAAAUAAAGUUUAGAAAAAGAGGACCUGCAGGUUAUGACGGGGGGAUGGCAAUGAAAAGUGAAAGAGUCACAACACAGAUAUACUGUUGCAAAACAUACAUUUUUCUUUGUGGUGUGACUAUUAUUCUGAUGACAUUUAGACAAAACUAAAGGCACUUCCUUCGCACUUGUGUCCUAGGUGUGAACUUGUUGGUGGGCACAGAGAACGGUUUGAAGCUGCUGGACCGCAGUGGUCAGGGCAAGGUUUACCCCCUCAUCAACUCUCGCAGGUUCCAACAGAUGGACGUCCUGGAGGGCCUCAACCUGCUCAUCACGAUAUCAGGUCAUUACUGCGACUUUCUCUCACCACAGUCAGUUAAAGCUGUUUGUGCUUCUGGCUUAAAGGACUGCGAGGUGCCGAACGCUAGAUACCAAAUUGUGCGUGUUGUGCAUUUUGACUUUGCACUUUAUGACCAGUAGCUUUUCUAUUUCUGUACAGUAGAAGUUUUAAUCAAAGGCUUUUGUCUCGCUCUCUCUACAUAAUUCUAUGUUUUUACCUCUUUCCUAAUGGUGAAAUUUGACAUUUGUUUAGACCAGGAGCUUAAUCGAUUCAAACUAAUUGACUUGAGUUUGAUUGAAAAAGAUGUAACUCCCAUUUCAUGAGUGCGUUCAGACAAUAACCAAAAUCAUGUCUUCUCUGUGCCAACGAAGGCAAGAAAAACAAAGUGCGUGUCUACUACUUGGCCUGGCUGAGGAACAAAAUCCUCCACAAUGACCCUGAAGUGGAGAAGAAGCAAGGCUGGACUACUGUGGGGGAGAUGGAGGGCUGCGUGCACUACAAAGUUGGUGAGUGACAGAUGACGGCCGCUUAUCUCUUCUGUCUACUCAACUCAUGGAUCCUCAUAAAUGCGUCUGACAGACUGAAUUAUUCAUCAGCAGUUUCUGAUGCUGGAUGGCCUUGUGGUUCUUUUCUGUCUAGUGAAAUACGAGAGGAUAAAGUUCCUGGUGAUUGCUUUGAAGAAUGCAGUGGAGGUGUAUGCUUGGGCGCCCAAACCUUAUCACAAAUUUAUGGCCUUCAAGGUAAGUCCCCUCUUUUCUUUGAGCUGGAUCAGUUAUGCUUGGUCAUUCAACCGGGAGAGGAUUCAAGUUUCAUGCUCACUUUCUACUCCACCCAGUCUUUUGCAGACCUGCCGCACAGGCCCGUGUUAGUGGACCUGACAGUGGAGGAGGGUCAGAGGUUAAAGGUCAUCUACGGCUCUUGUGCUGGCUUUCACGCCAUCGACGUGGACUCUGGGAACAACUACGACAUUUAUAUCCCUGUUCAUGUAAGUGAUGCCACAGUCGGACAGCGCCGCUCUGCGAAAAUGUUUGACCUCCAGGAGUUAAUCCGUUUUUGUUUGGCUCUCAAACAGAUCCAGAGCCAAGUGACUCCACACGCAAUAGUCUUCCUGCCCAGCUCAGACGGCAUGGAGAUGCUGCUUUGCUAUGAGGACGAGGGCGUUUAUGUCAACACCUACGGACGAAUCAUCAAGGAUGUGGUCCUGCAGUGGGGCGAGAUGCCCACUUCUGUUGGUAUGAGUCAACGGCGAAAAACUUGAAUUGACAUAGAAAAGAGCGCCUCAUCUGUAAUCAGCUGAGAUCUGAGCCUGUGAAAAAGCAAUAAAUGGAGCCCCCAGAUCUGAAACACAUGAAGCCAAAUAUGAGAGUGACAAAGAAAUCCUGCCUUCUUUUGGAUGAGCUGGUAAAGGAUGACAAUACUAGUUACACAAAGAGAGAGAGGGGGACUGAGAAGAGAUUUCUGAAUCAUUCACCAUGUUGUCAGUGGUUAGUUAUUGCUCUUUGCAAACAGAAUAGUGGCUGUUUCCUGAGUAAUGGUCCUAGGUGGAGUCAAACACUCAACAGACCAUGGUACACUUGCGGUCAUUGCUAUAUAGACACAAAGGUAAUGUGGUCGGAUUGAAAUUGUCAGAUUGGUUCAAAAGUUCAGACUAGGUUUUUCAAAUAAAAGAAGGAUCUUGAAUGCAUAAGGACUGGACAAGGUAAUCCUUGUGUAGUUCAAAGAUUUUGGGUAGGAUUGGCUCCAAGAAGAUAGCUAGAUUCAGGCUCUAUUUUAUGAAUAAAAUGUUGAAAAAAAACAUUAAAAAAUAUAUACUGCAAUGAUGUUAAUGCCUGUUGUGUAAAAAUAUACUGUAGAUUUUUAUUCCCAUAAUUAAACAUAGAAUAUUUAAUCCAAGGCAUCCACGAGAACCUUUACAGAGGUGUGUGAAUUCAGCAUCCCCCUGUGGUCAAACUUAUCAGUCCCUUCCACCCGAGGCCUCGUGAUUAAACAGGACCUGAAAACUGACAUGUUAAAGGACUUAUUAAAACAGAUUGUGGGUAAAGGGCUCUCAGGUGGAAAUUUUUAAUCUUACAGAGUCCACCACUCUCCUUAGUGUCACCUCUGCUGCAGUGUGCAGGACAUACAGCAACAACUUAGUUAACAGUGGCAAAGAAGGAACUAAUAUGUCUUAUGUUUUUAAGAAUGCAAGGACACUCUUUAUGAAAUUUAUUGACAAAAAAAUACUGAGCUCACUGAGCUAUUUAAAACAGUUUAUGGUCGCUGCUGAAGGAAGCAAAAGUGCUGUGAGACUACUAUUGUAACCUAGCAACAGUAAGCACUGGUAAAAGGUGCACUGAAAUUGAGUUUGUGGGCACUGUGAGCCUAAAAAACACUGUCAGUGAGCACAGGCCCUUAAGGCCUGAACAUGAACCAGUGGGUGAUGUCACCAUGGUUACGUCCAGGUUUUAUACCAGUCUUAAGGUUGUAAUCACCUUGCCUAUCAACAUUUCAUUUUGCCUUGCAGCUCAUAUCUGUUCAAAUCAGAUCAUGGGAUGGGGAGAAAAAGCCAUUGAGAUCCGGUCUGUGGAGACCGGUCACCUGGAUGGUGUCUUCAUGCACAAAAGAGCUCAGAGGCUGAAGUUCCUCUGUGAGAGAAAUGACAAGGUAAGAGAAGCAGUGAGUCACAAAAUCACUGCAGCUGAAUUCAAAAGCGUUGCUGACACUCUUCUUCCCGUCUGACUGUGUCGCACUUUCAGGUGUUCUUCGCAUCAGUGCGGUCCGGAGGUAGCAGCCAGGUUUACUUCAUGACCCUGAACAGGAACUGCAUCAUGAACUGGUGAAGGAUCAUCCGCUCUGGUCAGUGUGCUGGACCCAGCAGGGGUUCGGAGAAGGAAGUGCAUCUUUAAAAAAAUCUGACAAAACGCAUGCACACAAAUGCGAACACCUCUGUAUUUUCUCUCUCCAGCUCGCUCUUACUCAGCACUCAUUCUCUGAAGACACACAAACACACUAACUCUCAUAGACAGACACACACAGAAAAAGAAAAAAACAAUCCAUUCCAGGCUACACUACUUAAGUUACAGUUUCUACCAAGGCUCCCUGAAUCAUCAUGAAAAUCUCACAUGAGCUUCAAAUGUUGACACCAUCUCUUAAUUUUUAAUAUAUAUAUUCUUGUCUUGAUUUACUUUAGUUGGUGAACCUGUGUUAAGUCGUUUCUAAUCGUGAAGUAUGUUAAAGACAUUCCUUGAUGGUUCUUCAGUACAUUUUGAGGAAGGCAUUAUUUACCCUUACUGUAUGUCCAAAUGAAGCUGUAAAUAGGUAGCACCUAACACUUAGAUCUGAAUCAUUCGCAGGCCUAGAACAUAGCCUCCAUUCAGUCGGGACUUCAAAUAAUAACAUGCUGGAACGUCCACCUGCAGUGGCUGGUGGACCCCCUAAGAUUUGGGCAAUUAGAUGGAGGCAAAAAAAAAAAGAAGGAAUUAGUACAAAAAUAUGACAAAGGGAAAUUGAAGUCGGGAAGAAGUAGCGUGUUUGAUAAUCGUUAGACGAUACAGUAGACUGUAAUCUGAAGUCCUGCUUUGCUUACUGUUUUUUCUGAUCGGAAAAAUGACGCUGCAUCUCUAAAUCAUGGCACGUGAGCCGUGACUGCUUUAGAAGUAAAACACAUUUCAGUUUGGAUGAAAAUCAGAAGCCUCAGAAAUGUGCAGCACUGCAAAAUGAGUGCUGUGAAAUCCUCUGCUUUGCCUUUUUUUUCUAUAGUUUGGAUAAAGUUAUUUGACUCAUCAGGCUUCUGUCUAAAGUUUCUGUUUUCAUACAUCUACAAAAUACAAAAAUUUGAUAUUUAUAUGUAGUGAUUCUGUAUUGGUAUUAGCCUACUGGUAUUCUUAAUUUUACUGUAAUUAUAUUGCCAUUAUAUUGCAAUAUAUGCUAUUCUUGUGGAGUCUUUGUUUGAAGAGGGGAGUUCAUGUGUUUGGCGUGGUAGAUUUAGGGAGUACGAUGAUGUUGAAGAGACGCGUAAGGAGGGUGUCACUGAGUUUCCAACAAUUAAGGGAGAUCAUUUUCAAAGUCCUUUCACUCUGCUACCACAGAGAUCCAUUCUGCUGUAUUAUAUUUCGGUUCUUAGACUAUUUUGUGGAUCUUUCUGUGAGAAUAGUUUGUCCUGGACACCGCAGAAGAACAGGUCUGGGUGUGGUAUAGAUUAUAUUUAUCUUCGGACAGAGGAAAGAUAAAACCUUUGGUGACUCUGUUAUACAACAGAGGACUCCAUCUCAUCCAGCACUUUGAAAAACACCAGCUGGAGCACGUCAGACUUCCUAUAUUUUCUAUCUGCACAUUCUGCCAAAGUUCACAUUCUGAAACAGAGGUCAGACUUAAGGCCAAAGGAGACACAGCUUAUUGACGACUACAGGGAUGUUGGGAGAGGUUCUUCCUAUUGAUCACUUACCAAUAACCCCCUCUAUAAAGAAGAUGGUCCAAAAACUCUGCUGUCUAUUACUUGCAUUAUGGUAAAAUCUUGACUUCAUGCCCUCGCUCGUAAUGCAUACUAAUUUUGUAAGAUAAAGCGGAUGAAACCAUUUGCCCUAACAUACCAUAGAGUUCUGGAGGAGUAACCAGGGAGUAGCUUGGUGGUUUUCUGUCAUCAGUGGGUAGCCUGACACAUGAAUCAGGCUUUUUGUUCUGUUGAUUCACAACAACAUGCUGCCUCAGCACUUUGGUAUUAACAGGUGGACAUGUAGAAGUCGAGAUGAUUUAUGACACAUCUUAUCACUUUGUAGUUGUUGGCAAAACAUCUCCAUAUUUCAGCAUGUGAGCUCAUCUGCUUCGAAGCUUCAAAAGCUUCAGGAUAAAAUGAGAGGAAUCUUGGUGAGUGAUCAAUAAGAGAGUGAACUUUUUUGCAUAAGAGUACUUUAUCUGGUGGGAAAACGCUCUAAAGAUCGCAGCAUAUGGGUCGGGACAGAUGGCGUUUAAUCAAAGAUUCUAUAAAUAGAUGGUUGAUUUAUGGUUAGAUAAAACAAAUGUAAACAUACUUGUACAAAUAUAUCUCAAACAAACACUUUGGUGUGCAUGUGGGCCAUUCAAAUGGAGCAUAUAAUAGUACUGUUGUCCCCUUUUAGCUAGUGUGUUUUUACUCUUAAAUAAAUGUUAUGUGCCAUGACCUAUGUGUCAUAAAGUAUGUCAAAAUUACAAUCCACCAGGAGCUCUGGCACUCACGCUUUUUAUGGUUCAAACAUAAUUUUAUAUAUUAAUCUGUUUACAGUUUAAGCAGUGCCUUGGAGUUGGAAAGGUUUAAGGAUGGGUUACGAGGCCCCACCCCUGUCGUCUCUUACUUGAAAUCUCGAAAAGAAGAGGCAUUUGCUCCCUUAAAAAGACUAACACCCUGUGCCAGUUAAGUGCACUUAAGUCAAAUCCACAAUAUGGUGUAGAUGGACUUGAAAUGCUUUUUUGGCACCCCUUAUUCUUCAAGCAAAAUAACCAAUGCCGAUAAUCCAUUCAGUAAAUUGCAAUAAUAAUUAGUGAAAUGAAUCCGGUGUGUGUUGUAAAGGAUCUACUCACAGUGGGGGCCGGCAUAGAGUAAAGCCAUACGUAUGAAAUGCGUCUCUAGGUAAACUUAGUACUUGUGGUGUCCGCUCAGAAAAUGUAGGUUUGUGCAGCAAAGACAAGGACCGCACUUGUUCUUCAAAGAUGUUGAUUGUGUAAUCUUGUAGUAGGAAAAUUAGCUUGAUAUAUUCUGAGAAGCCUAUUUUAUAAAAUAUGUAAAUUAGUCUAUAUUGAGAAAUAAAAGUGAAUGUACAUCUAUAAGACAGAUUUGUAUUUAUAUAAAAAUGUGUAUCGCUCUAUUAAUCAAAGCACAAUGUAUUUUAGAGCUGAGAGAUCAAAGCUAUAAGUGAGUCGAACAGAGAGACCGAGUUUUUUUCUCCCUCCCUCCCUCGUUCAUUCAGCAGUGGUCAGUCUUGUCGGUAGGUAAACAAUAAGUGGUCGAUUCAAAGGAGACAGCUGUCUGUGUGUCAACCUGCAUUUCUACUGAAUUGUCCAGAUGGAAAAAUGAUAUCUGAAGGGUCAGCUUUGGACGCUUGUGAUACACAGAUUAUGUUUCAUCAGGUGGUUGACAGGCUGUUCAGAGGCCCGGGUGUGGAUACAGAUCACCGCACAGGUAGUGAAGACAUGACGUGAGGGCACAGCGGCCCUUGUUGUGAGGUCGUCAGCUCUUGGCAUCAAAGAGAUUGUAUCAAAAAUAUUAGCAUUUAGCGAGUGAAAAGUGCACUUGUUGAGAAUUACUGAAUACAAAUAAAGACAAAAUGAGUUCAUGACAAAUCAUUUGACCAUCAGGUACCACUCCCACAGAUGUGUCAGGACAUUUCUGCACCGUAAUCUUUCUAAUAGACUGAUAAAAAGUAUCAAAAACUGAAGUAAUUUAUCAGACAGGUUAUUGCUUCCUCUUAUCCAUCUGUAUUCUCAAAGCCCUGUAAACAGACUCUAAUGUGAAAAUAGUCAAAUCAUCCUUAAACACACUGAAGGCACAAGCUAUAGCAUUUACAAGAAAUACAAGAAAUUUACCUCAGCUGUUGUACACAAGUGAAACAAAACUGACAUGACUCAUUGAAUCAUCUAUGCUGCCUUGUUGGACGGGUUCUUUCCUCGAAUAAAAGGAAAAACUGACUGAUUAAAGACCGACGGGUGAUUUAAGAAGACCCUUAUCAGGAUUGAAAAUGAGCUCCAAUGAGCUGUGGCUUCACACAAAGCUAAUGCCUUGUGGUUAACAACAGAGUUAAGUAACACACUGAACUGAGACACAUCACUUACAUUGAAGAAAGCUUUAGUUGUUUUUUUUUUCUCUCUGAAGAGUUUUUCUCUGGUUAUUAGUUUCCUUAAGAUUUCAAAGUGCUAUUUCAUUACGUGCCAAGAGCCAUUAAAUGACCUGAACCUCACAACUCAUUAUUUUAGCAACCCUCCAUGUGAGUCUGACCACAAUAUGAACAGAUCUGACUCUUCUUUAACAAGAGCAAUAUAAGUAGGCAUUUAAACUACACCAAGCUGUGGGUUUCAUCUCAGCGUGACUUUCGGGAAGCGGAUCUUCAGUUGCUUUAGGCGGACUGGAAGUAGGCUGGUUUGUGUGUCGCUUGUUACAGAAGUCCUUCUGUAAUGACUUUUGUUUGUGAUCUAAGGAAAAACGACUCCUCUCUGACAGUUAAACGUAGUCACCUGUUUGGAUGAGUGUUCUUGUGUUGCUGUAAUAGCAUCCCACAACCUGCCUUUAUGAACUCUUAACAACCGCUAAAGGAAUGAUUGAUCAUUACUGAAGAGACGACACUCUCUAUGCUUUUAUUUCUGAUGAAUAAGGUAUGAAUGGAUUAGCAGCUGUAGCUGGUGUGAGGCAGAUCAAACUUGGAAGGCUCUAAAAUGACAUGGAUCUUUGGACAGAACUAUGAUAUUCUUUUCACAACCUUUUUUUUUUUUUCAAACAGUAAACAUCUUUGCAAUGUUUUCGUGUGUGUGCGCGCGUCUGUGUUACUUGUGAGAGGUUAACUCCAGAUUGUAUUUCAUAGACUGAUAAACUUUAAACUUUCAAAAGAUUGUGUUGAAUGAAUUCAUGUCUUAAUACAGAAUUGUUUGAAAAAUAAAAUACCUUGAUCUCAUGUUA